UUUAUUUCUAAAUUCUUUAUUAUUCUGAGUGAAUAAUAUAACGAAAAUGAGGUGUUGCGUUCAAUUCUGUACCAAUGAUACGAAACGGAUGACAAAGAGCCAAGGAAUCACUUUCCACUUGUUUCCGAAAGAAGCUAAUCUUCGCACUGCAUGGAUAGAAGCACUGAAUAUGAAGGACUGGGAGCCAAAAGAGAGGAGUUCAGUCUGUUCAGAACACUUCCAUAAAGAUGACUUCUACGACACAAAGUGUGGUCUCCGUAAAAUCAAGAAUGGGGCUGUUCCAGUAGUUGCUCAAGUGUGCAGGAUAUGUUUGGAAGUCAAUGUGAAAAUGUAUCACUUAUCAGAUAGUAAUUUGGAUGAUACAUUCCAGCAAAUUACUGGAAUAACGUUAAAUGAAGAAGACAGACUACCACAGAACCUGUGCUGGGAGUGCACCCAUCGACUGCAGUCCUGUAGGCGGCUGCGAGCGAAGGCACUAAAGAGUCACAUAGCCAUGAUGAAUGUGGUGCAGUCCAGCAGAUAUAUCACAAUACAUGAUAUACGAACAAUAGACAGAGCAGCGUUAAAAUCUAGUCUUGUAAAGAAAAUAAAUGAAGAGGACGACUUUGAUAUAUUUAUAAAUGACGAUGACGUUAUGUUAAAAGCAGAGACAAGAGCCGACGAAGAAGAAGAAAUGGCUCUCAUCAAACCGGAGAGUAAUGAAAUAGAGAAAGAGAUACAGAAGGAGAAUGAUGAUGAGAAUCUACCAAUAGUUGAGAUUGAAGUGAAGGAUGAAAAUAAUGAUAAUGAAAUAUAUCUAGAUGAAUAUUUAGAUUAUGAUUCGGAGGAUGAUAAGAAGUUGAGUGAAGUGUUUGUGAAGCCAAAGACGAAGGUGAAAAAAAAGAAGUUCAAGUCGGAGAAGGGGAGGGUGAAGAAGAGAGCGAGGAAGUGUGAAGAUGAUGACAAUCCAACUGCAGCUAUGGAUAAGUACAAAAACUCGGAUGUGAAACGUAGAAAAGCAAGCGACGGCCUCGACGAAACUCUAUUCACAGUUAUAAAACUGACUUACGACGAACAGAUCACUGAAAUUCAGAAGCGCCAGGAGUCCUCCACUUAUAAGAACGCGCCGUACAAAUGUACAGUUUGUUACAGGGGCUUCCAAAUACAGGACAGAUAUGACGCGCACGUGAUACGGCAUAGUGAUGCAAGUGGUGCUUUUGAAUGCUUUAUAUGCAAGAGUCGACUGAAAACAGCCCGCGCACUUCGGAAGCACCUCACUGCACAGCACACAGAGAAGUUCAGUUGUAAUGGAUGUCCAUUUGUCACAAGAAACAGGGGAGUGGCACGCGAGCACGAGAAGUGGCACGCCGGCACGCGCUACCAGUGUCCGCACUGUCCCAGUGAAUUUGAUAAGCUAACUACAUACAUGGGUCACAUACGCAUCAAACACGUGUCGGAUUUCGUGUGUGAACUGUGCGGGUACACGUUUGUGAGUAAAAAGGGCAUAGAUGUACACAAGAGGAAGAAACACCGAGUGGCCAGAGACAAGCCGGUGCCAUUGGAAGGUCCGUACUGCGCCGUUUGUGAUGUAACUUUUGUGUCUGAAGAGGCGCACUCGAGGCAUUUGAAGUUAUCAUCGAAGCACAGCAGUGACAAUGAUCCGUAA